AUGAUGUACAAUCUGCUCCUUGUUGUGUUACUUGCAGCCAGUGCUUAUGGCUGUGGGCAGACCAGCUACCCUCCAUAUUCCUCAAAGGUAGUGAAUGGGAUUGACGCGAGGCCCUACAGCUGGCCAUGGCAGAUUUCUCUGCAAGUUGACCGUGGCAGUUCAUUUUCUCACACUUGUGGUGGAACCCUCAUUUCUGCACAAUGGGUUAUGACUGCAGGCCAUUGCAUCUCUUAUGGACGUGCUUACCGUGUGAUACUGGGAGAAUAUGACAGGUCUGUGGAAGAGGGUUCAGAACAAGUUAUCAGUGCUGCCAAAAUUAUCGUUCAUCCAGAUUGGAGCAUGAACUGUAUUUCAUGUGGGAAUGAUAUUGCUCUGAUCAAGCUUGCACAGCCUGCUUACUUGAAUGAUAAAGUUCAGCUUGCCUGCAUUCCACCUGCUGGAUAUCUUCUUCCCAAUGGGUUUUAUUGUUACAUUACUGGGUGGGGACGCUUGUACACUAAUGGCCCACUUCCAGAUAAACUACAGCAAGCUUAUAUACCAGUCAUUGAUUAUGAACACUGUAGCCAAAGUGACUGGUGGGGCAGCACUGUGAAAACGACGAUGGUUUGUGCCGGAGGUGCUGAGAAGGCUGGAUGUAAUGGUGACUCUGGUGGACCUUUGAACUGCAAGGACUCUAAUGGGUUGUGGUAUGUCCAUGGUGUGACCAGCUUUGUAUCAGCUUGGGGAUGCAACACCAUACAAAAACCCACAGUCUGGACCCGGGUGUCUGCCUUCAAUGACUGGAUUGCCACGACUAUGGCCUACAAUUAAUGGAGGAAAACAUUGACUUUCAUCAAAUUGGUGUCCCCGAUGAGUAAUAAACUACAUCAUGA